UGCUGCUACUGAGCAUGCGCAGAUCGCACGGGCAUGCCCAGUGACAACGAGGGAGCCCAAUCUGAUGGGGAGCAGAGCCUGGCACUCGGCAACCUUCGGCGGUUUCCGUGGGGGCCCGGCCGCCAUUUUCUCGUUGCCUCUCUCCUCUCGCUGCCCGCGCGGCUCCCUGCCCUGCUCGCCAGCGCUUUGUCUUGUUCGGCGAUGGACGGCAUUGUCACUGAUGUUGCAGUUGGCGUGAAGAGAGGAUCUGACGAACUUCUUUCAGGCAGUGUACUCAAUAGUCCGAACUCUAACAUGAGCAGCAUGGUAAUUACUGCCAAUGGUAAUGACAACAAGAAAUUCAAAGCAGAGGAUAAAAUGGAUGGAGCUCCUUCUCGUGUUCUUCAUAUCAGGAAAUUGCCUGGUGAAGUGACAGAAACAGAAGUUAUUGCUUUAGGCUUACCUUUUGGUAAGGUAACCAACAUCCUGAUGCUAAAAGGAAAAAAUCAGGCUUUUUUGGAGCUGGCAACAGAAGAAGCAGCUAUCACUAUGGUUAAUUACUAUUCUGCUGUGACACCUCAUCUUCGUAACCAACCCAUCUAUAUUCAGUACUCCAAUCAUAAAGAGCUAAAGACUGAUAAUACACUAAACCAGCGGGCUCAAGCUGUUCUUCAGGCAGUGACCGCAGUACAGACAACAAAUACUCCCAUUAGUGGAACUACUGUUAGUGAGAGUGCAGUGACUCCAGCUCAGAGUCCAGUACUUAGAAUAAUUAUUGACAACAUGUACUACCCUGUAACCCUGGAUGUUCUUCACCAAAUAUUCUCUAAAUUUGGUGCUGUAUUGAAGAUAAUCACAUUCACAAAGAAUAACCAAUUUCAAGCUUUACUGCAAUAUGGUGAUCCAAUAAAUGCACAGCAAGCAAAACUGGCAUUAGAUGGUCAAAAUAUUUAUAAUGCUUGCUGUACCCUACGGAUUGAUUUUUCCAAACUGGUGAAUUUAAAUGUGAAGUACAACAAUGAUAAAAGUAGGGACUAUACUAGACCUGAUCUUCCGUCUGGUGAUGGGCAACCAGCAUUGGACCCAGCUAUUGCUGCAGCAUUUGCAAAGGAGACUUCACUUCUAGGGCUUCCUGUUGCAGCUGUUCCAGGAGCGCUGAGUCCUUUGGCUAUUCCGAAUGCUGCUGCUGCAGCAGCUGCUGCUGCUGCUGGCCGAGUGGGUAUGCCUGGAGUCUCAGCUGGUGGCAAUACAGUCCUCCUGGUUAGCAAUUUAAAUGAAGAGAUGGUUACGCCCCAAAGUCUGUUUACCCUCUUCGGUGUUUAUGGGGAUGUGCAGCGUGUGAAGAUUUUAUACAAUAAGAAAGACAGUGCUCUUAUACAGAUGGCAGAUGGGAACCAGUCACAGCUGGCCAUGAGUCAUCUUAAUGGACAAAAAAUGUAUGGGAAGAUUAUUCGAGUUACCCUUUCCAAGCAUCAGACAGUACAGCUACCUCGAGAGGGACUUGAUGACCAAGGGCUAACUAAAGAUUUUGGUAAUUCACCCUUGCAUCGCUUCAAGAAACCUGGCUCAAAAAAUUUUCAGAAUAUAUUCCCUCCAUCUGCAACUCUUCACCUAUCUAAUAUUCCACCAUCAGUAGCAGAAGAUGAUCUGCGCACACUGUUUGCUAACACUGGAGGCACUGUGAAAGCAUUUAAAUUUUUUCAAAGAGAUCACAAGAUGGCACUUCUUCAGAUGUCAACAGUGGAAGAAGCUAUUCAGGCUUUGAUUGAUCUGCAUAAUUACAAUCUUGGAGAAAAUCACCAUCUGAGAGUUUCUUUCUCAAAAUCAACAAUUUAAAAUGGGAGAUAAAAAAUGAAGGUGUAUCGCAUUGUUCAGUGUCGUCACCUAUUGACUGUUCAGGAGAGUGGGGACCAGAGUUUGACUUCUGUCUUUCAUGCUGUUAUCAUUCCUUGGUUGUUUUAAAAAAAACAUUCAUAAGAAAAGAAAAGCAGUGAUAUUAACUGUUGGUUUUUCAUCUGUUUAGAGAAACAUCAUUUUGUUUAAAAGGGUUUCAAGUUAAGCCCACAGUUUUUCAAGUUAGUUGACAUACGUGCCUUAAAAAGGAAAACUAGUGUUGCUAGAAUUACAUUUGCUAGUAAAAUGAAUUUGGUUGGCUGGGGCACAGUGUUACAUGAGAAUUAAAAUAUAUUUAGGCAGGGGUGUGUAAAAAGGUUAAGGUUUUUGUUUCUCCUGCUUGGAACUCUUUUAUUACUUAUUGGGUUGUCACGUAUCUUUCUUUUUAAUCAGAUAAGAUACAUUACUUUGAAAGAUUAAAACACAGCAUAUUUUAUUUCUGCUACUUUAACUUUUUUUUGUAAAUGGCCUUCUGUAUUUCAUGAUUCUGGUCUAGAUUCAGUUAUGAAUGUAGGCAUUAGAGAAAAUGAACACGGUACAGAAUAUUAAUUUCUUAAAGGAGAAAAAAGUGAUUUCUGUGAUUUUUUUUUUUGAGCCCUAUGUGGAAAGCAUUGUGGAAUCUUAACCUUUUUGUACACACUCUUGUGGGACGUAUCAUAUAAAUGUCAGCACUAAGUAAUGUCUUGUUUGUGGUUGAAUAUUUUUCGUAGAUGUUUUUGAAGUUGACAUGACUUAUGUGCAUUUAAAUAUAUAUUGCCAUCUUUAGUUUGUAAUUAAGAUUUGGAAUAUGGUUGUGGAUUUCUGAGCAUGUGCAGACUGGUCUAGCUAGUUCAGGAACUGGUGCAUGUAUUUUUCAAAGAUGAAGAAAGUGUACUGCGAACACUUGCAGGAAGGUUAAUUUUGUGGCAGUUUUUUAAAACUGACAACCAGGUGGGACCAAAGUUUAUGUGCCUUUAGUCUUAAUUUACCUUGCAUUGUAAUAUUCAGUUUUAAUAAAUCUCUUCAAAAUAUUUUGUAUUAGAAAUCGAUCUGACUUUACUAUAAACAUGGCUCAGAAUCUACAGAUCAAAUUAAUUUGACAACAGUUCUUCUGUCAAUCUGAACUGUUUAAUCUGAUUCUGUUUAAAUGACCAAUACUUUUUGAAAUUGAUGUACUUAGUUUCAAGAUUCAUAGAUUCUGUUAUCUAUGUAGAAAAAGGUCAUGUAUAUUUUCUAUUAGUUAAGUUUUUACAUCUUUAGAAAUGUAAAAUUCAGUAUAGUUUGAAAGCGGCACAAUUAAAAAUUAAUUUUCUAACAAAGUUGGGAGGUUUGACAGUCGUUUAAUUUCAUUUUGUGUGUACUCUGCUUACCUCUGUAGCAUGCUCAAUAAACACUUCUGUAGCUCUGUA